CUGUGGGACUUGCCUCUUUUUUUUCCGGCAGAAUAGUGAUGGGAGAAACAAAAAUUAAUUUUAAGGUAUUUAAUAAGCGAACAAAUUCUUAUAUUAAGUUCACUUUGAAGGAGUGCAGCUAGCUCAGAAAUAAAUUUGUUUUUAAAUAUUGAAGAAUGUUAUCCGGCAGAGGUACAAACAAGUCGAUAGACUGAUUUCGAUUGACAUGUUUUCAAUCCUCUCAGAAACAAACUGAACCAAAUUCCGCUCAACUUAGCUUAUGCAUCGAAUGUAGCUUUUGUGAUAAGACAUCAAAAUAAAUACUGUUUCAGUAGCGAAAAUUAGUGGAAUUCUAGCUGGCAAAUUGUGAACACGUAGAAAGUAGAAACAAAUAGUGCUGGUUCUCAAGAUGUGGUUGCGAGAUUUAGGGAUUCGUCUAAGCCUUUUCCACCUGAUGGUCUGUCUGCCCAGUAUUUACACAAAUGUGCCAAACUAUUCGGAUCGGUAUAACAGGAGGCCCGUAUCCCAGGAUCCAGGAGUGGUAACUUAUGGCCGCGGAUACAUGGAAAACAGACAGUUGUCCUACAACCGACCUGGACCAGCCAAUUUCCAAGAUCCCAGAAAUGUGGAGCAGCAACCGAAGCGACGAGAGUAUCUCAUUCGAUCCCAUGAAACGCAAUCCGAUAGAGGGCAACACAAAUGCCGCAUUUGGGUGCCCCCCGAUACGGUGCAGAAGUACCAGCACCCCAGUGUCAUCCAGACGGACCAGGCCAACCGGCUGUCCCUGAUCGAGGUCUGCUGCACCGGAUACUCGGCCACCCGCCUGAUGGGCGUCACCGUGUGCCGGGCGCAAUGUGGCUGCCAGAACGGGAGCUGCAAGAUUCCGGGGGAGUGCGAGUGCUACGAUGGCUUUGUGCGGAACGACAACGGCGACUGCGUGUUUGGCUGCCCGCUGGGCUGCCAAAAUGGUCAGUGCUACCUGGACGGCAGCUGCCAGUGUGAUCCGGGCUACAAGCUGGACGAGACGCGACGCUUUUGCCGCCCGAUCUGCAGCAGUGGCUGUGGCAACAGUCCGAGGCACAACUGCACCGAACCGGAGGUCUGUGGCUGCUCCAAGGGCUACCAGCUGACCGACGACGGAUGCCAGCCCGUCUGCGAACCGGACUGUGGAAUUGGCGGACUCUGCAAGGACAACAACCUGUGCGACUGCGCACCUGGUUACAAUCUGAGGGAUGGCGUCUGCCAGGCCGAUUGCUAUCAGAAGUGCAAUAAUGGCGUGUGUGUCAGCCGAAACCGAUGUAUAUGCGAUCCGGGCUAUACCUACCAUGAGCAGUCAACUAUGUGCGUUCCGGUAUAGAAAUUGCCCAGUGGAUUGGAGUCCAGGAUUGGUUUUAUUCCGCACUCUCUUUGGCUUGGAUCCUUACUCAUCCCAAAACUUACGUGAACAAAUAUAGCGUUUAAAUGUUUUGCAAAAACAAGAUAGAAUGUUACUCAGCUAGUAAAUUUCUUCAUAUUCUAGAACAUCGGUAUACAUUGCGAAA